GUUUGAUUGAUCACGUUUGUUCUUAUUUUAUUAAAGUGCAUACUUUGAAUUUUGAUGUAUAGAGCCAUUUCUAGAGUCAAAAUAUUGAACUAUCCCGACAGCAUGAUCUACAGUUGAAAUUACCAGUAAUGCGAAAGAGGAAUAAUUUGUCGACCGUGGAUCAUGACAGCAUUGUCACUACAAGUAACAGUAACGCACUGCUGGACAACAGUUCGCACUUAAAAUACGAGCACAAGAAAAGAGGAGAUCCUGGAACCGAAGUUCUGUAUCAUCCUGUAGACCCCGAUUCAGAAAAAACGAUGAAGAGAAAAUUUGGAAGGAAGAGACUGUUCUCUCGCUUAAAGAGGCUUCUCAUCUGGGUGAUUGGACUGUACAUAGCCAUUCCGUUCAUAAUAAAACUCUGCCCAGCCAUUCAGGCCAAACUGGUCUUUUUAAACUUUGUACGUAUGCCAUACUUUAUUGACUUGAAGAAGCCACAGGACCAAGGAUUGAACCACACCUGUAACUUCUACUUGCAACCAGAGGAGGGGCUCAAUAUUGGUGUCUGGCACACUGUUCCUGAGGCUCUGCUGAAGGAGGCUCAGGGAAAGGAACAGUCUUGGUUUGAAGGUACCUUGGAUUCCAACCACCGCGUUAUCUUGUAUUUACAUGGCAAUGCUGGGACUAGGGGUGGGGACCAUAGAGUGCAGCUAUAUAAGGUCCUUAGUUCUUUAGGCUACCAUGUAGUCACAUUUGAUUACAGAGGGUGGGGCGAUUCUGAUGGAAGCCCCUCAGAAGGCGGUAUGACUGCUGAUGCAAUCUUUAUGUAUGACUGGGUGAAAAAGAGGAGCAGAAGCCACCCACUUUAUAUCUGGGGUCACUCACUAGGAACAGGUGUAGCCUCAAACUUAGCAAAGCAUCUGUCUGAAAGAGGGAGUCCCCCUGAUGCCUUAAUCCUAGAGUCUCCAUUUACCAACAUACGGGAAGAAGCGAAAAGCCAUCCAUUUUCAGUGAUUUACAGAAACCUACCUGGAUUCGACUGGUUCUUUUUAGAUCCAAUCACUGCAAACGAUAUACGGUUUGCAAGCGAUGAGAAUGUGAAACAUAUCUCGUGUCCUAUGCUGAUCCUCCAUGCAGAAGAUGAUACCGUCGUUCCAUUUCAUCUUGGAAAAAAGCUCUAUAAAAUUGCUGCUAGCUCUCCCAGCCUACGUGGAUACAAAGUUCAGUUUGUUCCAUUCCAGAAGGCCCUCGGCUACAGACACAAGUUCAUCUACAGGAGUCCAGAGCUACCGCAUAUAUUGAGGGACUUCCUUAGCACAUCCGAGUCACAUUUAUAGCUGCACAUUGUGGAGUCUGGAUUAUUUGUUCCCCCUAUCAGCAUGAGAAGAUGCUUUCUUGAUUUCUGUCAUUCCUUUAAAACUGAGAACAAAAAGAAAAAGACAGCGAGAGACAGACACAUUGGAUCUGUUUAUGUGUUUUUUUAUUUUUGGUACAAGCAUGUCAUUUUAAGUAAAAAAAAUAAAAAAUAAAAUAAUAAUAAUAAUAAUUAUAACUUGAGCACAAAGAAGAUAAAAUGCACUAAUUCUGCAAACUAGGAUCGCGAACCUCACGAAACAAAUGAAGAAGAAAGAAGGGUCUGGGUGAGAUUAUUUGCACAUCAUAUCUAAAUAAUAAUGAAAAUACUGGAGUUGCUUUGAAAUGAACAUGCUGCAUCCGCUAUGAAGGGAAAGUCCAAUAUCCUUACCUAAAUACAGAGCCCAGUGAUAAAUGUUGUAUUUAUCUGUGUGUCUGCAGAGUGGUGUGUUUACCGCUGCAUUGAAGUGAGCCCAAAAAGUAUGAAAUGUCACCGUCGUACUAAUAUAUAUGUAAAUGUAUCCUUUUAGCCCUCCUUUCUAUACAGUCAUUACGAACAGGUUUUAACUGUUUCUCUUGCACAUUUAUACACAUAUCCCAAAAUGGCCUAGGUUGAUGUUAAAAGUAAUUGCUGGAAUGUAUUUAGUCAAAUAAAUAUUUGGGCAAUAAUAAUAAUAUCUUUAUUUUUAUAUAGCGCCUUUCAUAGUGGACCACCAUCACAAAGCGCUUUACAGAGGUAGGCUGUGAACUGUGCAUUAGGACAUUGAUUUAAUGUCUCAUCCGCAGGAUGGAGCACAAGGAGGUUAAGUGACUUGCUCAGGGUCACACAGUGGGUCAGUUAGUGGCAGAGGUGGGAUUUGAACCGUUGACCUUCUGGUUACAAGCCCUGGACUUUAACCACUGGACCACACUGCCUCCUAGAUAUAUGGACAUGUUCUGACCUGUUUAGGAGUAGAGGGGUCUCCAAGCUUCUAGGCACCACACUGACUUUAAAAUCAGUAGUAGUGAGGGGCUCCCGAGUGGCGCAUCCAGUAAAGGCGCUCCGUGUGGAGUGCAGGAUGUGCCCUAUAGUCUGGACGUCGCGAGUUCGAGUCCAGGAAAUUACUUUGCCGACCGAGGACGGGAGCUUCCAGAGGGCGGCGCUCAAUUGGCCGAGCGCCGCCCGGGGGGAGGGAGGGUUAGGUCGGCCAGGGUGUCCUCGGCUCACCGCGCACCAGCAACCCCUGUAGUCUGGCCGGGCACCUACGGGCUUGCUUGUAAGGUGCCCGAGAGCUGCGUUGUCCACAGUGUGAAAAUAAGCGGUUGGCUGACAACAUACGCUUCGGAGGACAGCGUGUGUUCAUCUUUGCCCUCCCGAGUCAGCGCAGGGGUGGUAGCGAUGCGGGAGCUGUGCCUAAAAAAUAAUUGGCCAUUCCAAAUUGGGGAGAAAAUAAUAACAAAAUAAUUGGCAAUGACUAAAUCUUUAUUAAUUAAUUAAUUAAAAUAUUAAUUAAUUAAUUAAUUAAUUAAUUAAUUAAUUAAAUAAAUAAAAUCAGUAGUAGUGAAAUGAAUACAAAACCAUGCUUGUACUUUUAAAAGCUGUAUACCUGCAGUACUAGUAUCCUUUACUGAAUGAUUUAAGAAAUAGACAUAUCCUGUCAGUCUUGGUAGAACUGGAAUAGGAUAGGGCACGGGGUGAGGUUUGAUAUGGAGAGGCAGCUGCACCGCUCUUUUACAGCUUGAAGUAUAAUGUAAAACAAAGAAAGAAGUUUCAUCACAUAUCUACAUAUCUAACCUAUGGAGGUUUUUGAACUCACUUUAAUAACCAAGGUUAUUGCAUUACUGACAUACAAGUAAUACUCCAUUUCAAAGAUGUAGAUCUUCCAUUGCUGUUUAACACUCCUGUUCAAUACAGUCAAACUUUUGUAUUUUAGACCACCUAUAAAUUCCUUGAAUAAAACACAUAUUCAUUAUUUUACAGCUCCCACUCAACUGAGGUAAUUCACCCGAUUACAGCUCCCAUAUGACAGCCAAGGUCAGAACUGUCACAUGACUAUUGUUAGAUUACCCUCUGUUCAAAAACAUCUUGAAAAGGAAAUCGAAUUUCAUUAUUCUAAUUUGUUAUUGGGUAAACUUUUAAAUAAAACACCUAUUAUAGUGGUCACUUCACUUAGCUAUAAGUCGCCUUGUAUAAAGGCAUCUGCUGAAUAAACAAAUCAUAAUAAUAAUAUAAAAGGCAGCCUCUGAAGGCUAUUUUUAUUUAAUCUCUUGAGCAGUUGUUAUACAGAGUUGUUUGACUACUAAGUUUUUGUUGAAAUGAAAUGCAACAUCUUAAUUUAGAACUAUCAUGGACAGUUUACUGGUAUCUGAAAUCGGUGAGCAAAUCCAGUUUUUUGUAAUAAAUGGAUGAGGUUUGGCGAGCAAUGUAGUAAGUAUGGAAAACUGACAUUGCUGGAGUAAAGUGGUUUGUGGAGAUCAUUAUUUUAGUUCACUCCAGUGAAACAAAAAUAUCUUUGCCUAGAAGACAAACAUUUUGACUUUCUUGUUGGUGUCUUUUUUGGUGUUUUCAGUUUUAAUCAGAUUUUCUUCCAAUAUGUAGAAUUGUAAUUGCAAGUGUUGUCUUAAAAAGUAAUUUUAAUGUAUUUAUUUUUUGGCAACAUUUAUCGCCUGUUAUUAAUAAUGGUUAACUAUUGAUUAUUACUAUACAUCUUUGAUAUCACAUUUCUGGAUGUAUUAAUUGCUUAUAACAGGUCCUUAAUCUAAAGCGUUGUUUUUUUAUUUUAUUUUUUAAUUUAUGUAAUAUCAUGGCUAAACUUUAAUUUUAUUAUUACUUUAUUUUUGUUCCACAAAUGUCUAACAUUCUCAAAUUGUUACAUUGAACAAAAUAGAAGGCAGCUUCUAUGGAUAAGUUGCAAAGCUGUUGAAUUCUCUUUCCAAAAAGGAAUAAAAAGAAACCCCCUAUUUUGAAGGGUUAUACCUGAAAAUCGUUGUUAUCUCCAUUCCCAUGACAGGAGUUGCAUUAGAUUUGUAAUACUGCUAUGUGGGUAUUUUUGAGGUAUUAGUACAGGAUCAACACUGGAAUUCAGGUUACAUCUGAGUGCACUGGAAACAUGCAGCUACAGAAAUGGUUUGUAACAGUUACCAUUGAGGUUUUAGACAAUGCAUUUUUAAUGAACAUUAAUUUAGGAAAAAAAAAAAAUUCUACAUAAGGGUGGCAAAGAGGUUUUAGUCCCAAAAACAGUUCUGUCGACCCAGAUGAAGCUCAAGCUAUGCUGCAUUUGUUAUCUUCAUAUUCAUUAUUGUAAUUGAACUGGGUUUAAUGGUGACUACAAGUAUAUUUACUGAUAGUAAAGGUAAAUCCAAUGUUAAGCCAUAUCAGAGGGAUUUAAGUAAGCGUGAAGCCAUCAUUUGAAAUCUGUCAUUUAUGUCGCAAUGUACCAAAAAAAAAAAAACCUUGAAUAAACAGCAAUUUCCUACGAUACGUGUGGUAUAGACAGAUCGAGGGGGCAAGCUGGGUGCUUCACUUCUCAUUUUACCUUUUCAAAAGGCAGAGGUGUCUACCAACUACAAUGAUUGUGCACAGUCAGCAGUGUUGGUAAAUGUCAAAAUAAUUGAAAGAGCUUGUAACAGUUUCACAAAACUAGCUUGAUGUAUUUUGGCAUAGUUGAGCACCAUCCAACACAAGAUCUUAGAAGCCUGACAGUCUUCGCCCCAGUACGGAUGCAUGAUGGGUUCACGUAUAUCAACUUCUACUGGCACUGCGCUGUUCUGCUCUAAGUUUUUGUAACCGAAACAGGGGUAUCUUUUUGUUGAAUCCUUUUUCUAAAUGGAUAGGUCAAGUUAUCAUAAACCACAGCAAUGUACAUAUUCAUGUCUUUGCUGUGCCGCACAUGCGGAUUAUGAACUCAUAAGGUAAUGCUUGCUGGUACAAUGUCUGUUUUACUAAGUGCAAUAAUAAUAUAAUAAUACUGCUAGUAGAUAAUAUUUGCCUUUCUUAUGAAGUCUUGUGUGAAUUUAACACCGAGUUAAAACAAGGUCUAAAUAACCUGGAAAAUGUACUGUAUAUUACACCUUUACCUGCUUCUUCAAUAAUACUAACGUUACAUUUUUGAGGACACAGAUUUAAUUCUGUUUUGAGGGCAUGGUCAGUUGAUUUAGUUUUUUUUUCCUUUUAUUUGUAAGCUGCUAAACCUAAACUUGGCUCAAUGGUUAAGGAUUAUUUUCUGUAUGUUUUUUUUAAAUAAAAAAGUACCUGAAAAUGUG